AUGUCGACGCUCAAACGCAAGGCCGGCACGCUGUCCGCCGCGGACAACAAGAAGCCCAAGCAAGAUGGCAGCAUCAUGUCUUUUUUCGGGGCCCCAAAACCGGUGGCCAAGGCGGGUGGUGUGGCCGCUUCCGAGGUCUCGCCGGCCGCCAAGUUCGACAAGGACAAAUGGGUUGCCGGCCUGACGGCCGAGCAGAAGGAGCUGCUACAGCUCGAGAUCGCUACGCUGCACGAGAGCUGGCUGGCACUGCUCAAGGACGAGGUCACCAGCAAGGAGUUCCUUGAUCUCAAGCGUUUCCUGAACAGGGAAUCGGAUGCUGGCAAGAAGUGGUUCCCUCCAAAGGAGGAUGUAUACUCUUGGUCCCGCCAUUGCCCGUUCAACACUGUCAAGGUCGUCAUCCUCGGCCAAGACCCCUACCACAACCACAACCAGGCCCACGGCCUCGCCUUCUCCGUCCGCCCUCCAACCCCGGCGCCGCCCUCGCUCAAGAACAUGUACAUCGCCCUCAAGAAAGACUACCCGACCUUCUCCCCGCCUCCCAAUAAGGGCGGCCUCCUGACUCCCUGGGCGGAUCGCGGUGUCCUUCUUCUCAACACAUGUCUGACGGUGCGCGCUCAUGAGGCCAACUCCCACGCGAACCGCGGCUGGGAGCGCUUCACCCAAAAGGUCAUUGACCUCGUCGCCACCAAGAGGACCCGUGGCGUCGUCUUCAUGGCCUGGGGCACCCCCGCCGGCAAGCGCGUCGUCAAGGUGGACCCCAAGAAGCACCUGGUCCUCAAGAGCGUACACCCCAGCCCGCUCAGCGCAUCCAGGGGCUUCUUCGACUGCGGGCACUUCAAGAAGGCCAACGAGUGGUUGGCCACCCGGUACGGCGCUGGCGCUGAGAUCGACUGGGAUCUGAGUGGGGCCAAAAAGGUCGAGACGACGGUCGUGGAGACCAAGAAGGCCGAGACCGACGAGAGUGGUGAGGUCGAGAAGGUGGAGACGGAGGUCAAGACCUCGCCCCAGGAGUCUGCCGAGGAUUCGCCCAAGGAAGACAAGGCUUAA